AUGGCCAACAAUGAUAUGGAAGCCCAGGAGGCGCUGGCAAGAGACUUCCAACCCGCGCUAGAGGGACCUCUGGUAGGGGACAAGAAGAGCAGCCUGGCGAUCACCGAGGAGUACGCAAAGGCAGAUCCAAUUUACGUUGUAAAGACUUCGGCUUUACCGCAGAAGUAUUCGCAUUAUCGACCGGUGCUGGGUGAUGGGAACUGCGGAUGGCGGGCUGCUGGUUUUUCAUAUUUCGAGACCCUCCUGCGACUGCGGAACAAGGCUCAAUUGGAAGAGGAAGUCGCCCGAAUAACCUCACUCAACAACCUACUCAAGACUGCUGGAGGCUUUUCAGAAUGGGUAUACGAAGAUAUGGCAGAGGAGGUGACAGGUCUACUAAGUGACCUGGCCAACUUGCUACCGCAUUCGAUACCACAAGCAGAAGCAACACUGAGAGAACGGUUCAACGACCCAAGCAUCUCCAAUUCGAUCGUAUACUACUUCCGGUUGCUUGCGAGCUCGUGGCUAAAGGCCAAUCCAGCUUCAUACGAGGGUUUCAUUCCAGAUGGAUUAGGUGUCGAUGGAUAUACCAAGAAUUGGAUUGAGCCAGUCAACCAAGAGAUCGAUCAUCUGGGUAUGACACUUCUUAUUGAUGCCUUGUUGAAACCAGUUGGGUUUGCGGUGGAAAUUGUCUACCUUGACCGAAGUGAGGGAUCUCAGGCAAACAGUCACGUCUUUCAAUCUGAGGAUGCCAAUGGUGUACCGACAAACCCUGCUGGUCCAAUGAUCCAUCUCCUGUAUCGACCAAGUCACUACGAUAUUCUCUACAAAGACCAAGCCCCACAGAUUCAGAUCCCACAAAAUACCAAUAUCCAGGUUCAAAGAGCUACCAGUCUGAGCCAUCGACAUAAUAUACAAACUACCCCAGCAGUAAUGGGCGAUAUGUCAGGAUUGGAUAUGUCAAUAUUCUCCUGCAUUCCAGGGUUCUCUUUACAACAACAAUCACAUCAUGGAUUUCCUUCACAAUACAAUACAACACCUCUCGAAGCAUAUACUCCAUCCUCGAUAUCUGUCUCUCCUAUCUCUCCUGGCGCUUCGUCGGCAAAGGUCUCUUCGAACGGGCUUCCGGCGACUUUCCCGGCCCAACCGCCGCCCCCAAAUUCGCUUACACCCCCAACACUCCCUUCAACCCACUCAGCUUUCCCUCCGCCAACGACACAACUUCCAAUCCUUACUCAUCUACCUGCGCCUCAUCGGCCGUCCCUCUCAUCGCAUACUUCCCUAUCGGGCCAUCCACUGUCGUCGGAACUGUCAUCACCCAGCUCAGCAUCAAGCUUUCGACCGAGCAAAUACGAAUGGGAAGCUGCCGCGGAGUGGGAAGGACCUGUCGUGUUCCAGACGAGCACAUUCAAGAACAGUCACUACAACGUGGCACACUACAACAAUCCAAACUUCCAACCGGAAGAGUGGACACCAGAAUCCGAAGACCCACCAACGGGCCGGAAAAGAUCGAGCUGA